AUGUCCGAUACUCAGCUCGCUGAUCAAUUCCUAUACCAAUCUUCGCUUAAGAGCGAUCCGGCCGUUAAGGUCAGCUCUCGAAAGCGUGUGCCGUACGUCAUCGAUCUAAACCAGGGUUCGUAUGCGAAUGGUAUUAUUACGAUUGAUGCUACAGCUCAGCUUAAUGGGGUUGAGGGAUUUGCCUGCCUCAGAGAUGCCUACGUUGUCAUUCCGUACAAGGUGAGUAUGAAGAAUACUCAUGCUUCUACUGCGCUUGCUGCGGCUGCCAACCGACUGAGCGUUGGUCUCAAAUGCGAUGUAUGGAAUGUUAUCGAUGGUAUGUCGCUGGAGCUUAAUGGUAAGAGCUUGAUUUCGAUGAGUGAGUAUAAGCUGUUUGCUAACAACCUUCGUGCUCAAGCAGAGACCUCACUCGACUAUGUAAAUAAGCAUGGUGCUGAGGCUUUCUUAUUCCCCGAUAGCUCUGGCUCGUUGUUAUUCUCGUCUGCUACAAGCAGCCUGUAUGGUGAUGGUUAUUCGAAUACGGCUUCGGAUAUCACUCCUGCUUUGGGUACGGCUUCUACAGGUGCUGGAGUUCUUGCAUCCAACGAAGGCUUCUUUGGGCGAGGGGCCUUCGUCCCCGGUGGAACUGCUGCUGCUGCUAUCGCAGGAACGUGGAAUUACAUGCUCAAGAUCAAGUUGGUUGAUCUCCACCCGAUCUUCAAGGAGCUUGAUCUCAUGGCUAAUCCUCAGAUCAAGCUUCGUUUCCGCGUAAAUCAGGGAUCGGCCGUAAUCAACCUUAGCAGUACUAAAGCUAUGUCGCUUUCAUCGACUACGCUUGUUUCUGGUCAAUCAUGCCCGAUCAUGGUAGCCUCUUCGGCUGGGUCUGCUCCUAAUAGCGGAGUAUUUAAUGCUACGACCGCAGGUCAGAUCUCGGUGGCAUGGGGUGCUAUUACCAAUUUUCUUGAGCCAACCAUUGAUAGCACCUAUUUCCCUUUUACUACUACUCGUCUGUACGUACCAUUCCUUGAUCUCGAAAAUCCUCAAGCUCUGAUCAGCAAGCCUAACAAGACUGUCCGAUACAUGGAUUAUUAUGCGCAAUGGUUCUACCAACGCGCAGGUACUGGCGUCAGCUCUACUCAGCUGAACACUGCAUUCGAUCUACAGCUGUCUGCCAGUCUUAAGAAUGCCAAGGUAGUUGCUCUUCUACCGUUUGCUGAGACUUCGUCUGGAAAUUUCAAUAGCUCUACUAUUCAGCAGUUCCAGUCGUGUUUCGAUAGUGCCCCUUGGACUGUUCAGCCUGGUUCGUCGAUUCGCAACUUUAAUGUUCGUAUUGGUUCGCAGCAAGUAUUUGAUAUCUCGUAUGACUACGAUUUCCAGGGCUUCAUCAAUGAGUUCGCUAAGCUUGGAUCGAUUAAUGGUGAUCUAACUAAGGAACUAUCGAAUGGUCUGAUCGAUUACCAAACCUGGCAGCAAACCAAUCGUGUGCUUGUAGCAGACGUAUCUCGUCUGACCGAGAAGGAUGUUCCACAGAGCAUCCAGGUUAUGGGAACGAAUGCUUCGACACAGGGUUGCAACAUGCUUGUACUGGUUGGCUUUGAAAAUGAGAUGACGUACAAUCGAUUGACUGGAGAGGUACUCGAAUAUACCUCUAACUAA